CUCUCUUUUUCUUGCACAAGCAGCAGUGAUGAUGUUGGCGGACUUGUUGGCGCUGCGGCAGACAACCACGUCCCUCAUCGUUCAAGAUGAGCUUGAGUGUCGAGGGGACGUGAUCUUGGCACAGCUUGCACGCCAGCUCCGAAGCAGGGGCGGGAAGUGCGUUGUGGUUUGCGGUGAGCGGGGCGCCGAUGUGUUUGAUGGACCUGUCACGAGUGUGCCCUGGCUCGACGCCACAGCAAGUGCAGACUUUGUGACUAGAAUAGCCGAGGAAGCAGAAGCGCAACAAGCAUGCGUGUUUGUGGACUCGUUUGGUUCCCUCGCUGCUUUUGCCGGGGAACGGGCAGCGCUGAAGUUUGUGCAACGCCUGUUGCAGCGCAAAGGAUGCAGCGUGUACAUGUGCUUGCACUCGAACACGGUGUCGGCCUUCUGCGCGCGUGAACUGGAACACCUCUGCCGGACGCACGUGAGAAUACAAGCACACAGCGCAGCGCUGUCACACGCGGGCACCGCGCCACACGUGGGCCGCCAGCUGCAGCAGCAGCAUGUGGUUGUGGCAGACACGAUUCACAUGCGGACGGGAGGGAGCAAGCCCACCACCUCGCGUGCGCUCGUGACUAUCAACACCCUCCGCAACGGUCAGCGUGCGGUGAGUGUGCAGCCGCUCACCGCUGCGCCUACGCUGCUCGACGCGCUCGAACACACGCCAGCACCAAUCACCGCCACCGCCACCAGCCCAGCGUCGACAGCAACAACAACGACAGCAACAACAGAGGCGGUCAGCACACGUGGCCAGGGCGCGACUGCGAGUGUGUCAAUGCCAUCCACAACAAGAACAGCAACAGCAGCAGCCCCACCACAGCCACAGCAGGUCAGUGCUGGUGGCGGCGGCGGUGACGACGACCCGCUGACCAACCUCACCUUCAGCCUGAAGCUGACAGAGGAAGAGAAGGCGAUGCGUGCGCGCACGGCGCUGCCGUAUGCGAAGACGCGGGAGGAGAAGCAGCGUGCGCUGGCCGGGACGGGCGCCAUCUACUAUGAGCCCGACGACGUGGACGACUUUGACGAUGAGGAUCCAGAUGACGACCUCGAUAUCUGAGCUCGGGCGGCGUGUUCACGUGGGGUGUGUGUGUGUGUGUGUGUGUGUGU